CCCACCGCCCACCUCCCCAACCCCCAAGCCCGUCUCUGAGGCUCCCACCCUUGUGUACCUGGGUCGAUCCAUUCCCAGGAGCGCGCAGGGGGUGCUGGAGUGACCGGGCAGAGCCACACUGGGCCAAGCAAAUUGUCCGCGGAAAAGACGAAAGUUCGCGCCUGGCCUCGCCCAAGUUCUUUCGGUCGGUGAGCGCUCCUGGAGUGCGCUAAAAUGGACCUGGAUUAGGGGCCCAGAGAGGAAGCGGCGAGGGGGAAGGGCGCGCACCCCUGCGCCCCAGUGCUAGCCGUGCCCCCAGCUCUCCAGGCGCUCGGCCGGGACGCGCGAGCCCCGAGGCGCCCAGGCGGCGGCAAUGUCGCGGGGGGCCCUCGUGCCUUCCCCGGGGCCCGGCUCCCACCCGCGCCCGGCGGCGCUCGUCUUCCUGGGGCUUUUCCUCAUCACCUGCUGUCCAGUUCCUGCCAGCGCCAUCCAGGUGACUGUGUCUGACCCCUACCACGUAGUGAUCCUAUUCCAGCCGGUGACGUUGCCCUGCUCCUAUCAGAUGACCAACACCCUUACAGCGCCCAUCGUGAUCUGGAAGUACAAAUCUUUCUGCCGGGACCGCAUCGCCGAUGCCUUCUCCCCAAAUAGCAUGGACAACCAGAUCAAUGCCCAGCUUGCGGCUGGCAACCCUGGCUACAAUCCCUAUGUGGAGUGCCAGGACAGUGUGCGCACUGUCAGGGUGGUUGCCACCAAGCAGGGCAAUGCCGUGACCCUGGGAGACCACUACCAGGGCCGGAGGAUCACCAUCACAGGAAAUGCUGACCUAACCUUUGAGCAGACGGCAUGGGGGGACAGUGGAGUGUACUACUGCUCUGUGGUCUCCGCCCAGGACCUCCAAGGGAACAAUGAAGCCUAUGCCGAGCUCAUCGUCCUUGGCAGGACCUCAGGGGUGGCUGAGCUCUUACCUGGUUUUCAGGCGGGUCCCUUGGAAGACUGGGUCUUCGUGGUUGUGGUGGGCCUGGCUGGACUCCUGGUCUUCCUCCUCCUGGGCAUCUGCUGGUGUCAGUGCUGUCCACACACCUGCUGCUGCUACGUCAGGUGCCCCUGCUGCCCAGAGAAGUGCUGCUGCCCAGAAGCCUUGUAUGCUGCCGGCAAAGCAGCCACCUCCGGUGUCCCCAGUAUCUAUGCCCCCAGCAUCUACACCCACCUCUCCCCUGCCAAGACCCCACCCCCACCACCAGCCAUGAUUCCCAUGGGCCCUACCUACAACGGAUACCCUGGAGACUUUGACAGGAAUAGCUCAGUUGGUGGCCACAGCUCUCAAGUACCUCUGCUUCGUGACGUGGACAGCAGUGGGAACUCGGAAGUCCGCAGUGGUUACAGGAUCCAGGCUAGCCAGCAAGAUGACUCUAUGCGAGUCCUGUACUACAUGGAGAAGGAGCUAGCCAAUUUUGACCCUUCUCGACCUGGCCCUCCCAAUGGCCGUGUGGAACGUGCCAUGAGUGAAGUCACCUCGCUCCAUGAGGACGACUGGCGAUCCCGGCCUUCCAGGGGUCCUGUCCUCACUCCUAUCCGGGACGAGGAUUGGGAUCGCCACUCUCCCCGGAGUCCAAGAAGAUGGGAGCAGGACCCCUUCCCAGAGCGUCCAAGGGGCGGCUGGGGGGCAGGCAGGCCCCGAGCUCAUUCCGUGGACGCUCUGGAUGACUUCACACGCCCCGGCUCUGCUGAAUCAGGAAGGUCAUCUCCCCCGGGUAAUGGGAGGAGAGGCCGGGUCUGCACACCCCUCAGAAGCCGCAGCCGCGAUGAUCUCUACAACCCAGACUCCAGGGACGUGCCGCCCAUUCGAGAUCCCCACUACUAUGAUGACUUGAGGUCCAGGGACCGCCCUCCUGCUGACACCAGAGCCCGCUACCAGCGAUCCCGGGACCCUCGGGAUGUUAGCUCCAGGUCCGGGGACCCCCAAUACGAUGGACGGCUGCUAGAAGAGGCCUUGAAGAAGAAAGGGUCAGGGGAGAGGAGGAGACCUUACAGGGAGGAAGCGCAAGAAGAGGCUUACUAUCCGCCAGCGCCUCCCCCAUACUCGGAGACCGACUCCCAGGCCUCCCGGGAGCGGAGGCUUAAGAAGAAUUUGGCCCUGAGUCGGGAAAGUUUAGUCGUCUGACCCCACGUUUUUUAUGCAGCUUUUGUAUGUACUUAAAAAAAAAUUGGAACACUAAUGAUACUUUUCACUAGGUCUUAAUAAUAAAACUUAUAAUCACAA